UUUUCUCUGUUUUUCCUUUUUCCUAUUUAAUCUCACUUGAAUUAGUACUUACUAGUUAAUUCUUGUGUCUUCUUUUCUUUUUUUAGUUUGGGGGUUUUAAGUGUUAAAAAGUUUGAGUAUUUCAAGAAUGGGUUUUAGUUGUUUUGGUUCUUUUCGGCAGUGCAAGGACAACAGAGGAACUCAGGUACAAGGAUUAGAGAUUGCCACCAACAAUGUGAAACUGUUUUCUUAUAACUCGUUGAGAUCAGCAACGGAGAAUUUCCAUCCAUCGAAGAAAAUAGGAGGAGGUGGUUUUGGAGUUGUCUAUAAGGGGGUUUUGAGGGAUGGAAGGACUGUUGCUAUCAAAUGUCUUUCCGCUGAAUCAAAACAAGGGACCAGUGAAUUGUUGACAGAGAUUAAUAUGAUUUCAAAUACCCGACAUCCAAAUCUUGUUCAGUUGAUUGGUUGUUGCAUAGAAGGUGGCAAUAGAAUAUUGGUGUAUGAAUACUUGGAGAAUAACAGCCUUGCCAGUGCUUUACUAGGUUCUAAAGGGAAACGUGUCCCAUUAUACUGGACCAGGAGAGCUGCUAUAUGUUUGGGUACAGCAUCAGGUCUAGCGUUUCUUCAUGAGGAAGCAGAACCACCAAUUGUUCAUCGGGAUAUUAAGGCUAGUAAUGUCCUUAUUGAUGAAAAUCUUCAUCCUAAAAUUGGAGAUUUUGGACUCGCGAAGCUUUUCCCUGAUAAUAUCACUCAUGUUAGUACUCGAGUGGCUGGAACAAUAGGAUACCUUGCUCCCGAGUAUGCCUUGUUAGGACAGCUCACAAAAAAGGCUGAUGUCUAUAGUUUCGGAGUUCUUGUUCUCGAAAUUGUAAGUGGCAGUAGCAGUAGCAAUGCAGCAUUUGGAGAAGAUCUCUUGAUGCUAGUGGAAUGGGCAUGGAAACUUAGAGAAGAAGGGAGGCUUCUAGAUCUUGUUGAUCCAGAGCUGACAGAGUAUCCAGAAGCCGAAGUGCUGCGUUUCAUCAAAGUUGCUCUCUUUUGUAUUCAAUCUGCUUAUAACCAAAGACCUAACAUGAAGCAAGUGAUUAAAAUGCUGUCUAAAGAAGUCAAGCUAAAUGAGAAGUUGUUAACUGAGCCAGGAGUCUACAGACCACAUAGCUCUAAACAAUCGAGUUAUGGUAGUAACCUUACUACAUCCUCCAAGGGAAAGAAAGGCGAAAAAUCCACAAAUCAUUUUGCAACAACAGAUUUCCAUAGUUUUCAGAGUGUAUCCGAGGUGAUACCAAGAUAAGUGCAGCUUGGUGCUCAUAUUCUUUAGUAUUUGUAAAUUGCUCCUCUGCUAACCGGGAAAUGCAAAAUGAGAUAGACGGGAAGUCCCACUAUACGUGCAUGUAUUAGCCCUCAUCAUAGAGUAGCCAUUUGUUAACCUUCUCAUGUAAUAUAGAGCUACAAGUAGCUGGGAAGGAUGGAUAUUAUUAGUUCAAAUUUCACUACUGAUAUCCUAAUUGCAUAUUAGUUUGCAGGUU